GACAAAGGGUUAUUGGAGAGCCUGUCUCUGGGCUAGUCCUUGAUGAAUCUUGGCUUUGGCAUCCUGACUUCAGACUGCAGCAAGGCUCUUCAAGGUGCCCUUUCACAGGCAUUCUUCAGCUUGUAGGAACUGAUCAUUGUGCCUUUAAUUCUACCCAAAAGGCAUUUGGAAUUGAUGAUUUCCGUAAAAUUCCUAAUGGUGUCAAUGGUAUUGAAGAAAGGAUGCAUUUGGUAUGGGAUACAAUGGUGGAAUCUGGCAAAAUAUCUGUUACUGACUAUGUUCGGUUGACAAGCACUGAAUGUGCUAGAAUCUUCAAUGUGUACCCGAGGAAAGGGGCCAUCCUUGCAGGAUCUGAUGCAGAUAUUAUCAUACUCAAUCCAAAUGCAAGCUUUGAGAUUACUGCAAAAUCCCACCACUCCAGAUUAGACGCGAAUGUCUUUGAGGGAAAGAGAGGAAAGGGUAAAGUUGAAGUGACCAUAGCUGGAGGAAGAAUUGUUUGGCAAAAUAAUGAACUGAAGGUUGCUCCUGGUACUGGUAGAUACAUCAAAAUGCCACCUUUUAGUUACCUGUAUGACGGAACUGACAAGCUCGAUGCUAGAUAUCUCUCUUCACUUCAAGCCCCGGUGAAUCGAGCUAAAUCUGCUUCAUAAAGUCCCUUGGCAUUCUGAAAUUUCAACGUGAGCUGGGGAAAACUGAGGUAUCCUAUUGUAUAUAUCAGUUCAAAACUUCAAAUAAAGGAUAUGUCUAGGUCCGUGUACUACACUAGAUAUCAUCAGUUAUCACUAUUUGUGCAUAUGGGUUCAUUAUAAGAAGUAUGUCAAAAACCUUGGGUUGUUGUUAUACAAUAAAAUCUUUCAGAACUCUACUUUUUUAUGAGUUAGUAUAAUAUACGUCUCAUAAUCUA